AUGUCUUACGAUUUGGACGCCGCUGAGAAGGCCGCUUAUGCCCCAUUCUUCGGCUACAUGGGUGCCGCUUCGGCCCAGAUCUUCACCGUGUUUGGAGCCGCUUACGGAACAGCCAAGUCGGCCGUAGGCAUCUGCUCGAUGGGUGUGAUGAGACCCGAGCUGAUUAUGAAGUCGGUCAUUCCAGUCAUUAUGGCUGGUAUCAUCGGUAUCUACGGAUUGGUCGUGGCUAUGGUACUGAAAGGAAAGGUGAACUCUGCCAGCCAGGGCUACACUCUCACUCAAGGAUUCGCUCACUUAGCUGCCGGUCUGACUUGUGGGCUGUGUGGAUUGGGAGCUGGCUACGCUAUUGGUAUUGUUGGAGAUGCUGGUGUCAGAGGCACAGCACAACAACCACGUCUUUUCGUCGGAAUGAUCUUGAUCCUCAUUUUCUCUGAAGUAAGUUGACUUUCGGUUCUUUUACUUUUAGAAGGUGGUUUGAGAUGGAUAUUAUUUCACGUCGAACCGACUAAACUGACAUGCUUUUAGGUAUUGGGAUUGUACGGUAUGAUUGUCGCUCUUAUCUUGGGUACGGCCUAA